AAGUUUCAGUUUGCGAUAAAGAAAUUCUGAUUGGUCAAAAUCCUUUUUUAUUUUUAUUGUGCCAUUAGUGAGGCGAAGUGGCGGAAUAUUGUUUUGUUUACUAAGUUAACUGUCACUGCACGAUGUGAACGACGGUUGCAAGAGAAGGAAAGUAAAGAGAAGAUGCAAAUGUCUCCGUUGUUAUUUGGAUUCAUUUUCUUUUAUGCAGUAUUCGUGUGUUUAUAUAUUCAUCAUUAACUAGAUAUAAAAAAUGAUUCAUGAAAAAAAGAAGCAAAGCCUGCUAUCUUGGGUGCAAAGUGCUGGAGGUCAUGAUGUGACAUCUUUUUCUCAGCUUAGUGAUGGGAAGCUUUUGAAUGAACUAGUUGUGACACUGUCUGACAAAGACAGUGAUCUCUCAUACAAAGCUGAAAUUGAACCCAAAGAAACUAGUUCAGAUAAACCCCCUAGAGUCUCAGUUGGUGAUGAAGAACAACAUGAGCUUACUAAAGAAACUGUUGACUCUUCCAUUGAAAAAAUGGAGAGUAUCGGACAAGAGCAAGAAGUUGUAAACGGUUUUCACGAUUCUGGUUCCAAUGAGUUGGAUUCUAGUGGCAUGUUCAGCUGUUCCGACAUCAAGACAGAAGAGGUCUCUGAAAAUGGAAACAUCUUGGAAAGUAAUUCAGAAUUAAUGAAGGAAAUAACUGCGGUUUGUCAGGUGAAAGCUGAAGAUAAUGAUAAACAAUGUAUUUCUGUGGAUUCCUGUAUGGGUGUCUCUGUGAAUGGCUCUGCCAAGAUGGACUGUUCUGCUUCGCAGGAGGAUUCGAACAGCGUCGAAAAUGUCGACGAUUCAGAUGUUAACGAUACGGCCGAUAGUGCUGCCUCAGAAAUUCAAAGCCGCUAUAAUGUUGUGCAAAGAUUCAUUGAAAGUAUGUUGGAGUUACAGUGUGAGACGCUAGUCAAUUUUCCCCAAUGUUUGGAAAGGAAUGAACUGGAACUUGCUAAGUUAACUAUCUUACUUCUCAGUGCCAUGGUGCAAUAUUCUCUCUCCACUAAAAAAGAUCACAUUAUGGCUUCUUGCUAUAGCCUAUCUCAGGAGGACCAAGAAGAAAUAAUGGAUUGCUUAGAAAUUUUCCUUAAAGAACGACAGUCUCCUAUUGAACAUAAAGAAUUUCACAGUAGACUCUCACGACGUGCCAAGUUAAGAAUAAGUCCCCGCAAGCAUUGCAGUUCUAUGUCUACUCCACAGUUUAACAAACCUACAAAAAGAGGCCGUAAAAGAAAAGCUUUUAAUGCCGUGGAAGAAUUUCUUGACAAGGGUUUUGAAUCUCCGAUUCAGAACCUCAUCCAAUCUCCUGAUAUUAGGCAUAUAACGCCCAACUCAGAGGCUCGCCUGUUAGAAGCUGUGAGGUGCAAGGACAAGACAAUAGCCUCUUUAACAUAUGAUUUAGAUAUGGAGAAAUUUACUGGAGAUGAUCUCAAGAAACAAAAUGAAGAUUUGUCAUCGCAACUAUCAAAAUUAAAAAAAGAGAACAAGCUAUUAAAAGAAGAACUCAGUGAAAUUCAAGCAAAUUUAGAAAAUAGUGAACUUGCAUUCGAGAAAUCUCAGAAAGAUUGGAAGAAUGAAGUUAAAAACUACAAAAGACAAAUUAAAGAUUUAAAAGAGGCAGAGAAGUUUUGGAAAGAGAGUAAUCAAGUGGAAGACACUCCGAAAAUUCAGAAAAUAGAGUGCACUUGUAGUGAGGAGAUUGGCUCGCUGAAGUGUGCUUUGCAAGCAAAAGACGACAAAAUCCAGGAAUUUCAAAAACAGAUAGAAAUUCUGAAUGUUCAGCUAGACAAACUAAGUCAAGAAAAUAAAGAUCUCAAUAGUCAGCUAGAGGAAAAUGUCAAUUCAGAUAAUAAAACAAGCUGUGGGCGGUUACCUACUCAAGAAAAAUGCUUUAAUAUUUCUGAUUUAUCAUUAAGGAAUGAGCUUAAAGACAAAUGCGAGGAACUUCAAAAUGAUCUUAAACAGAUGGAAAUAGAAUAUAGUGUCAAUAUUCGAAGUCUCGAGGAACUUUUAUCACAGAAAGAUAAGAUCGAAAAAGAGUGUAAAGCUAAGUUGCGUAAAAGUGAUAAGGAACGUGAAGAUGCUAUUAAUAAUCAGAAGAAGUUAGAAAUUGAAAAUUCAAAUUUAAAAGGUCAAAUUGAAGUUUUUAAGAAUAUGCUCCCAGAAAUAUCAUCUCCUUUGGUACCGAAAAGUGCAACUGCUUCUAAUUCAACUCCUGCCAAUAGAAGAUCUUCUAGAAAUCGAAAUGCGUGUGAUUCAGAAAAAAUAGGCCAGCUGUGGCAGAACUAUGACGAUGAAACGGAAGACGUUGUGAUUGCUAACAUCAGUAAAACUAGACUUGAGCCAGAUGAAACAUCUUGCGAAACCAUCACUACGGAACCCCCUCCGAGUGAGAACCGAAAAGUCAGUGAGAAAUCUCAAAACAAACUGUGUCGAUCUCAAAGUGUAAAUAAUGUCACGUCAACUAAAAAUACUUGCAACAUUUGUUCUCAAAAUGAUUUCUGUGAAGUUCCACCUCUCAUUCAAAACCUAUGUAAAAUAGUUAGAGAAGACAAUAUUCUUGAUACAGAUGUUUUGUUGGAAUUGCAUAAAUACGAGAGGGACUUUUAUAUGAAUGAUUUGGUAAGGGUGCUUACUUUGCUUACCAGGAUUUUGUUGAAAGAUGACGGGACUUGCGGUCGAAGUCUUUCAAAAUAUAGAAAAGACUCUGGCAGUCUUGACUUGAAUAGUGAAAUAACUUUUGAACCCGUCUCCAAAACAAAUGAGCCAGAACAACCUCGUAGAAAAAGCGUCCAAGGUAGAAGGUCAGGAAAAAGUAGUCAACAUUCAGAUUUAGAUGCUGGAUCAUCUAAAAGUGAUAAAAGUUUAGAAAAGAGUAAUUCUAUCCCGUUUUACCGAGAGCUUUUGAGAAGGGAAAAGAGAAAAGUUACUUGCCUGCAAACUAAGUUAAAGGUAAUGUAAUUUUAACCAUCUCUU